AUGAAAGUCCUUUCUCUCCUGGCACCCGCGGCUCUCGCUGCCGCGGCGAGUCUCCACGCCAACGAUACCACCCCCACGUUUCCACCGCCCCUCGCUGCCAAUGCAGACAUCUACACGUCUUGCGCCAACGCCAAUUGGCCCCCGUCUGCUGCUGGCGGCUCUGUCCUCAAGCCCCAAGAGCCAGAUGCUGAGCUCCAGGCCGCGCUCGCUGAGGUCUCCGCGGCGCGUAUCAAGGCAACCAUCGCGAAACUCAUCUCGUUCGGCACCCGGCACACGCUUUCGUCGCAGACGGACCCGAAGCGAGGUAUCGGUGCUGCCCGUGACUGGAUCGCCGCUGAACUGUCUCGGUACUCCAAUGCUUCGGCCGGGAGGAUGAAGGUUGAGGUACCCGGCUAUGUGCAGCAGCCGGGCGGUCGUGUGCCCUUCCCUGUGCUGAUCAGCAACGUGCAAGCCACUCUCCAGGGUAGCGAGGAGCCUGGGCGAGUGUAUGUGACGCUUGGCCACUACGACACGAGGGUGUCGGACGUGAUGAACUACGAGGCUGAGCAACCCGGGGCAAACGACGACGCAAGCGGUGUUGCAGUUGCUCUGGAGCUGGCUCGGGUUCUGGCCAAGAGAAAACCCGCCGCCACCAUUGUGUUUGCUGCCGUGGCGGGCGAGGAACAGGGGCUCCUGGGCGCCCAAUUCAUGGCACAAACUUUCAAAAACGCAAGUGUCAACGUUGAAGGCAUGCUUAACGUCGACCUCGUCGGCAGCUCCGUCGGGUCUCGCGGCGAGGAGGAGCCCAACACAGUUCGCCUGUUCUGCCAGGGUCCUCCCUUGACCGAGACUCCCGCGCAAGCAUCCCAGCGCCUGAGCAUUGGCGGCGAGAACGACUCUCCGGCACGCCAGCUGGGGCGGUUCAUCACCGAGGUAGCAGCCAACAAGUUCACCGACAUGAGGGUCGCCAUGAUCUACCGACUUGAUCGAUUCCUGCGCGGAGGCGACCACCGGCCGUUCCUCGAGGCAGGCUACGCGGCCGUGCGUUUCACCGAGCCCAAUGAGAACUUUGACCACCAGCACCAAGAUACGCGGGUGGAAGACGGCGUGCAGUACGGCGACUUGCCCGAGUUUCUCGACUAUGAGUAUAUUGCGCGCGUGGCCAAGGUUGACCUGGCGGCCAUGUGGUCUCUUGCGAACGCACCCGCCAAGGUGAACAAUGUCAGGGUGAAUGGAACGUGGCUCUCCAACGACAGCCAGCUGUUCUGGGAUCCGGUCAAUUCGACAAAUCUCGCGGGCUACGAGGUUGUGUGGCGACCGACGGAUGCGCCGCUGUGGACGCAUGCCCUUUUUGUUGGCGACGUCCGCACGGCAACGGUCGAGCUGUCAAAGGACAAUGUCAUCUUCGGAGUGCGGUCGGUGGGCAAGAAUGGGUACAAGAGUCCUGUGACGAUUCCCUUCCCGACGUGA